AUUUACGACCUCCUCCCCCAUUCCUUCGUUCGCGCCUAUAAAUUGAUGACCGGAGUCAGCCUCCUCCCUCAUCCUCUGCUUCGGUAAUUCUCUCGCGAACCGAAGAAGGGGGAAGGCGAUGUCUUGGCAAACGUACAUCGAUGACCAUUUGAUGUGCGACAUCGAUGGGCAGCGCCUCACCUCCGCCGCCAUCGUUGGUCAUGACGGCAGCGUCUGGGCCCAGAGCGACUCCUUCCCUCGGUACAAGCCUGAAGAGAUUUCUGCAAUUAUGAAAGACUUUGAUGAACCUGGAUCUCUUGCUCCAACUGGUUUGUACCUUGGUGGAACGAAGUACAUGGUUAUCCAAGGUGAGCCAGGAGCUGUUAUUCGAGGCAAGAAGGGUUCCGGUGGUGUUACCAUCAAGAAAACCAAUCUGGCUUUGAUCUUUGGAAUAUAUGUUGAGCCAAUGACCGCUGGUCAAUGCAACAUGGUAGUGGAGAGGCUUGGUGACUAUCUAUUUGAUCAGGGUUUUUGAAUUUGACAUAUGGAGCUUGAAUCCUUUCUCGGUUUGCCGUCGGUCUUAAAUCCUUUGCUGUGGGCUUGCAGUCUUCCUGAAAUUACAACCAGUGCUGAGCAAUAAUGAGCUUGAGGUCCUGUUGGAAGUUUUGUUGAAAUAGAUAAUGUUAUUUGUCUGUUCGUGUGAACUCUGUGUCUAAGACCUCUCUUUAUAUGGUGAAUGCUAUGUUACAUACUAUUGGUGGGUAAACAUUACCACAUC